AUGAUCAAAGAUCCAAAGAUGGCAGUGCGCCCCAAAAUUUCCAUAGCUUCACUGAGGAUGAUGAGCCACACCUCACUCUUGGCGCAGUGUUCCAGCACUUUUGGGAUCUUCUUGCCCAUGGUGCUGAUGUUCGUGGUGGUGAUGCUGCCCCCAGCCUCCAUUUUUUCCUUUGCAGUGCUUUUGCUCUUUGUUGCCAUGGCAGCAGUGGAACAAUUUGGCCUCCACCGCUUUCACUCCACUGUCCUGAUGUUGACUUGCCUGGUGGCUGCGAUUCAGUUGCCCUUCCGCUUUGUGGUGAUGCUUCCAAGCAUCAAGGCGUUCAUCCAGGAGCACUUGCCAAAGGCUGACUAUAAGGUCCUCUGGGAAGCCUUUGCCUUGGACAUGGAUGGUGAGGAUGCCAGGAGGAAGCUGAUGCUCAUGGUGGCACUCAUGCUGGUCUCCAGCUUCCUUUGCAGAGGAUACAAGUUUUGGAGGGGAGAAGGAAGCUUGGAGACUGUGGAGUGGAACGAAGCUUGGGCCGAAGCGCUUCGCGAGAAGCUGCGUGGACGAGAAGGCUACAUCAUUCAGGAUCAGCAUGGCCUUCGGCUCGACCUGUCCGAGCUGAACCAAGUGACGCCCGAGCAGUUCCCCUUGAAAUUGACCUUUCCUGCAGAGGACCAAUUCAAGAUCACUGAAGAGUCCUGUCCCCGCCUGGUGAUCCUACUGCGUGCUGCUGCCAGUUGGUCCGAAGCCUUGAUGAUCUUGGUCUCGUAUUUCCUGUUGCUCUCCACGGAUCUCUUGACCCGCUUUCAACUGCUGGCGCUGACUGCCUUGCUGAGCAGUGGCCGAGGCUGGAGCUACGUGGGUGGCUUGGUCUCGGUGUCUGCCAUGGCCUCCUUGCUGAUCCAGUACCUCUUUCGCUUCGACUUCGUGCAAGUGAGCGAUCAGGCGGAACACCAGUGGUGUCAACUUGGAGAACGUGGUGUCAAGAUUGUCCAGUGCCGCACUUCCGCCGUGACACGGCAGCCUGGUUAG